CUGCUGCCAUCCGUGUGGUGCCGUAUGUACGAGCUGAGGCCUGAGCUAUAAGCCCGUGCGCGAGACACGUUGUUCCCCUCUCGGUCGGGUUUUGUGUGAGAAAAGUCGAUUCGACCUGUGGAAAAGAGACCGUGAACAUCUGUGCAUCCUCGACUCAUCGCAGCCAGAAUGCCGCCAAAAAAGGUUGAAGAGCCAGAGAAGAAGCCGCUCAUCGGACGUGUGGGCACAAAUCUCAAAGUCGGAAUCGUCGGAAUCCCCAACGUCGGAAAGUCGACGUUCUUCAACGUUCUCACGAAGAGUCAGGCAGCUGCAGAAAACUUCCCUUUCUGCACAAUCGACCCCAAUGAGAGUAGGGUACCCGUUCCAGACGCGCGCUUCGACUACCUCUGCGAGUACUUCAAGCCUGCUAGUAAGGUGCCAGCGUUCCUCAAUGUCGUCGACAUCGCCGGACUGGUCAAAGGCGCCGCGGAGGGACAGGGCUUGGGAAACGCUUUCCUGUCUCACAUCAGCGCCUGCGAUGCCAUCUUCCAUCUUUGUCGAGCCUUCGAGGACGAUGACGUAACGCACAUCGAGGGCGAAGUCAACCCCGUGAGGGACUUGGAGAUCAUCAGCGAGGAGCUGCGCUUGAAGGACGUCGAGUUCCUGAACGUCCACUUGGAAAAGCUGGAAAAGCUGGUCGUCCGAGGCAACGACAAGAAGCUCAAGCCUGAAUACGACUGUCUCCUCAAAGUCAAGCAAGUCUUGGUGGAGGACAAGAACCACAUCAGGUUCGCCGACUGGAGUGCAAACGACAUCGAGGUGCUGAACAAAUAUCUAUUUCUCACGUCCAAGCCGAUGAUUUACCUCGUGAACCUUUCGGAGAAGGACUACAUUCGCAAGAAAAAUAAAUGGCUAAUCAAGAUCAAAGAAUGGGUGGACAAGAACGAUCCAGGCGCAGCCCUCAUCCCCUUCAGCGGCGCCUUCGAGAACAAAUUCAUCGACAUGGACGAGGGAGAGCGAGCGAAAUACGUCGAGGAAUCCAAAGUCUCGAGCGCCCUCGAUAAAAUCAUCGUUCAAGGAUACAAGGCUUUGCAGUUGAUGUAUUUCUUCACUGCUGGUCAUGACGAAGUUAAAGCUUGGACGAUUCAGAAAGGAACAAAGGCGCCACAAGCUGCCGGAAGAAUCCAUACAGAUUUUGAAAAAGGUUUCAUCAUGGCUGAGGUGAUGAAAUUCGAAGACUUCAAGAACGAGGGCUCCGAGUCAGCUGUAAAAGCUGCAGGAAAAUACAGACAGCAGGGUCGCAACUACGUCGUGGAAGACGGAGACAUAAUUUUCUUCAAAUUCAACGCUGGUGCUGGACUGAAAGACGCCAAAAAAAAGUGAUAACGGCUAAUACUCUCAGUGCGAUUGUUCAUCUGCAUGUGAAUAAUAUCCGAUCCUCAUGACUCUCUGCGUCCGAUUGAGCGUCAAGGUCAUCGGAAUAAUCGGCACAACUUACCUCUUUUCUACAAUGAAUCAUUUUUCUACAUCAGAUUAUAAACCGUCAGUUUGUAUUUUUAAUUUUUUUCGACAUAAGUUCCACUGCAUUUCUAUGAUGGUGAAAAUGAAACGUCGACGAUUUACGUUGCUUUGUUGAUUUUGCAAUUCGACGGAAGAAGGGUCAAGUUAUAUUGCAUUUGUAUAACAAACGCAUUUCUUUAUUACACUGAUGUAUUUAUUUUACACUUUGUUCAAUAUAUCGACGUAGAAAGUUCA